AUGCUUGCCGCGCUUCAAGCACUGGCCCCGCGGCGGCAGGUUCUGCGCCAGUCCGCGGCGUUUGUGCGGCACGCUGCCAUCGACACAAAGGUUCCGAUCCGAAAGAUUGUGGAGAACCAUGUUGGCCGCAGCAAGUACAACGUGGUGAAGGAAAUCGAGGUCGGGAUAUCAUUGGUCGCGUCCGAAGUCAAGAGCAUUCGCGACGGCAAUUGCGAUAUCUCGGCUGCGUUCGCAGAGGAGUAUGAGGGCGAGCUCUAUGUGCAUCAAAUGUAUAUUCCAGUGUGGAGGCACGGCAUCGUCGGUCGGCAUGAUCCAUACCGCGAACGCAAGCUCCUGGCCCAUCGAAACGAGCUCAAGCGCAUGUUUGAAUUCGCCCGAGAGCCCAAUGCACACCUGGUUCCGUUGCGAGUACACUUGGGCACGACGAAUUGGAUCAAGAUACAGCUCGGGCUCUGUACGCGACGCAAAGGCCCAGACACACGAAAGUCCGAUGACGGGCGUGAAGUGAAGCGGCAGAUUGAUCGUGCGCUCAAGGGCCACGACGACUGA